GUAAAAAGGGUGAUGGACAAACGUGCGGGCACUAAGACCGCAAGGCAUUCAUUUCCUCCUAUGGUGGAUGCGGACGCCGGGAGGAGGAGAGUCCCAGAGCUAGGAGCUGGGAGCAGAGGCACAGAGAACACGUAGCGACUCCGAAGAUCAGCCCCAAUGAACAUGUCAGUGUUGACUUUACAAGAAUAUGAAUUCGAAAAGCAAUUCAACGAGAAUGAAGCCAUCCAGUGGAUGCAGGAAAACUGGAAGAAAUCUUUCCUGGUUUCUGCCUUGUAUGCUGCCUUUAUCUUCGGCGGUCGGCACCUAAUGAACAAGCGGGCGAAGUUUGAACUGAGGAAGCCAUUAGUGCUCUGGUCUCUGACCCUUGCAGUCUUCAGUAUAUUCGGUGCUCUUCGAACUGGUGCUUAUAUGCUGUACAUAUUGAUGACCAAAGGCCUGAAGCAUUCAGUUUGUGACCAGGGUUUUUACAAUGGACCUGUCACCAAAUUCUGGGCUUAUGCAUUUGUGCUAAGCAAAGCACCCGAACUAGGAGAUACAAUAUUCAUUAUUCUGAGGAAGCAGAAGCUGAUCUUCCUGCACUGGUACCACCACAUCACUGUGCUCCUGUACUCCUGGUACUCCUACAAGGACAUGGUUGCCGGGGGUGGUUGGUUCAUGACUAUGAACUAUGGCGUGCACUCUGUGAUGUACUCUUACUAUGCCUUGCGAGCAGCGGGUUUCCGAGUCUCCCGGAAGUUUGCCAUGUUCAUCACCUUGUCCCAGAUCACUCAGAUGCUGAUGGGCUGUGUCAUUAACUACCUGGUCUUCUACUGGAUGCAGCAAGACCAGUGUCACUCUUACUUUCAGAACAUCUUCUGGUCCUCACUCAUGUACCUCAGCUAUCUUGUGCUCUUCUGCCACUUCUUCUUUGAGGCCUACAUUGGCAAGAUGAGGAAAACAAUGAAGGCUGACUAGUGUCGGAACUGAGGAGGAAGCCAUAGCUCAGGGUCAUCAAGA